AUGUAUUCGUCAUCCCUGGAACCUUUCCCUUCACAUGGUUUGGUGCACAUAUCGUUGUAUAGGAACGUAAAGAAUGCGAAAGAAUUGCGCAAACGACUUCUUUCUCGUGAUCUAGAAUUAAGUUAUGCUUUCAUUGACGCAAAAGUAAUUCUUGACAAAUUCCAGGUUCUCGUGGCAUCUAACAUUGCAAUAUACAACGAAACACACCAUAAGCUUAGAACACACAAUGUCCAUUCGGAGAUUGUGUACAGUCUUUCUCCAAGCACGAAUAUUCGAGAAUCGUUGAAAAAUCACGGAUUGUCUGACGACACUACUGACGUUGUCAUAGUCAAAGUAGGAGAAUCUGCUGAAACUAUACAAACACAUUUAACAAAAAUUAUCAAAGGAGAGGAAAGAGAUGUGGAGGAGAUGACCGGUUGUGUUGACCUGGCAAGGGUGAAGAAGUACUACAAAAUAGCAGAUAGCAUUUCCGAUCGAGAAGAGUUACUUAAAGCCGUCGUUGGCUCCAUUGCCAUUAAAAAUCUCAGUUGA